AGGUGCCUUAGACCACAGCAGAGCUCAGAGAAGCCUCCGGGGCUAGCAGAGGAGCCAGCAUGGUGCAGUUCGCGCCCCUGUUCGUGCCCUGGGAGCGCAGGCUGCAGACCUUGGCAGUCCUGCAGUGGGUCUUCUGCUUUUUGGCCAUGGCUGAGAUCUGCAUUGUGGUCUUCAUAGGCCUCCUGUUCACAAGAUUCUGGUUCUUCAGUGUCCUAUAUGCGGCCUGGUGGUCCCUGGACCGAGACAAGCCAUGGCAGGGGGGCAGGCGCAUCGAGGCCUUAAGACGCUGGGUCGUGUGGAAGUACAUGAAGGACUAUUUCCCCAUCUCACUGGUCAAGACCGCUGAGCUGGACCCCUCCCAGAACUACCUUGCUGGCUUCCACCCCCAUGGGAUCCUGGCGAUCGGAGCUUUUAUCAAUCUGUGCACUGAGAGCACCGGCUUUUCCUCGCUGUUCCCUGGCAUUCGCCCCCAUCUGAUGAUGCUGAAUUUGUGGUUCAGGGCCCCCUUCUUCAGGGAUUACAUCAUGUCAGGGGGGCUCAUCUCAUCAGACAAGGAGAGUGGUGCUCACAUUCUGAGCAGGAAGGGAGGCGGCAAUCUGCUGGGUGUCAUUGUAGGGGGUGCCCAGGAGGCACUGAAUGCCAGACCCGGAUCCAACAUGCUGUUGCUGCGGAACCGCAAGGGCUUCAUCAGACUUGCCCUGAUGCACGGGGCAUCUCUGGUGCCAGUCUUCUCCUUUGGGGACAAUGACCUAUUUGACCAGUAUGAGAACUCUCCUGGCUCCUGGUUGCGCUGGAUUCAGAAUCGACUACAGAAGAUCAUGGGAGUCUCCUUCCCGCUCUUCCAUGGCCGUGGUGUCUUCCAGUACAGCUUUGGUCUUCUGCCCUACCGCCGGCCCAUCACCACUGUGGGUGAGCCAAGACCCGGGCCGGAGCGGUGGGGACGCCCAUCGAGGUGCAGAAGACACCGCACCCCUCGCAGGAGGAGGUGGACAGGCUGCACCAGCGCUACCUCCAGGAGCUGAGCAACCUCUUCGAAGCCCACAAGCUCAAGUACAACGUCCCCAUCGACCAACACUUGGAGUUCUGCUGAGCGCCUCCCCACAGGGGGGCCGCCCUGAGGGGCAGAGCUGGCACUAGGGAGCAGAGAGGGAGGGGCUGUGAUCCCAGAAGGCUUCCUGGAGGUGUAUGUCGAACCCAUCUCCAGAGCCUUCACUGACUCCUGCAAUUCCAACGCACGCCAGGCCCCGAGUCACAGCUGACAACGUGGCGGAGGAGACCUGACUCUGACAUCAGUGAUGUGCCCUCGUGCUGUGACUCCUCUGCAAGGGGCUCUCUCCUUGGUCUGUGCAUCUAGAGACGGGAGAGCUGCUGGGGUCUCUGUGCUUCUGGUCCUGUCACUCGAUGAGCAGGACAAAGAGCAGCAAUCGAUUAGCAGGUUUUUCUUCCUCUGCCUUGAUGACAGAACAAAAGAAGCCACCAGCUCCAGCUUUCUCCUACCAGCUCCCUCACCCUGUAUUCUGCCCGUCCCAGCUCCCCCUCCCUGAGCUGGAGAGGAGGGUGUGCUCAUGAAGCCCCCGCACUCCCCUGGGUGACUUUGAGUUUCGGAGUCCUCUGAGCCCUGGGACCGGCCGCCAGAGGUGCCUGGAAGGUGGGUAAGAAGAACUGUGCUGUGUCUGUGGCUGAAUGAUGUGGACAGACCUCUUCGCCCUCCCUCUGAGCGUCAGUUUCCCCGACUGACUAAGAUGACCUGAGUCUCAGUUCUGACUUCACAUGGGUUGAGAACUCCAUGAGGCAGCUCCUCCUCAUCCUUUGUUGUUUCAUUCCCUGACUUUGCACAGAAAAGGACCUCGAUAAAUGUCAGUUCAACAAAUGAAACAA